UUACGAGCGACACUGUACUGGGAAGUGAACGCGGAGUUGGCGUUGGAGCGUGGCACUGAAGAGUGUGAAACUUCUUCGUUAUCUUUUUUAUCUGUAUGAACCUCGUGAGAAAUCCAGAACUCCUUACGAAAAUGACGUCAUUAGGAAUUAUGACACUGAGCCGUGGACCCUACAGCGAGCUCGAUAAGAUGAGCCUCUUCCAGGAUUUGAAGCUGAAACGAAGAAAAGUCGACUCACGAUGUAGCAGCGAUGGCGAGUCUAUAGCGGACACCAGCACUUCGUCUCCGGAUCUACUGCAACCGUUGUCGCCCAAGAUGUGUGACGGUCCGACCGGGCAGCAGCAGCAGAACCAGCAGAAUCAGCAGCAACAGCAGCUGGAGGAGCAGUACUCGGAGCAGGAGGAUGGUGGUGGCGGUGGAGGGUCUUCGGGACAGUACGGCCACCAACAUCAUGUCGAGAACAACAACAACAACAACUGCUUGAGCGCGUCGUCCAAAUUGCACGAAAAUGGCGCGUUGAAGGACGACGGAGGGGAAGACGAGGACGAGGAGGAGGACGGGGUGAGUGAUCGGGCAUCGCCGGAUUCACCGGGGUUGUUGAUCGACGAGCGGCCACCGUCGAGGAAGGCGCAGGAGGGUGGUGCGCCGGGAACCAGUGUGAUACGAUCCGUUGGGCGGGAUGAACGGCCCAGGUCGCCGGGUUGUUCGCCGCCGCCGAGCGGGUUGGCGUUGAUGAACUCGAUACAGCUGCUGCAGCAGCACUACAACAACGGGAAUGGGACGAGGAACGGGACGACGGUGGAGCAGAAUGGUGGGACGCCGCAGCAGCAGCACGUGACCGUACUAGUCACGCCGUCCCGGGCCAAGCUGGACCAGCAGCAGCAUCCGGCGACGACGUUGGUCACGCUCGGGAUGCGCAAGCAAGCACCGCCGUCAAUUAACAACAGCAGCAGCAGUAGUAGUAGUAGUAACUGUAACGGUAGUAAUAAUAACGAAGAGCCCAACAGACUUACAUCAACACCGCAGAGUUCAACGUCAUCAUCUUCAUCAAACUCGUCGUCGUCGACGUCAUCUGGCGGUGGCGGAGGCGUUCAGAUCCAAAUGUUUCAGCAGCCUCCGCUGGGAGGAGUGUCCAAAUUUUCAUCUAGUCAAAUUCAGCAGCAGCAGCAGCAUCUCGCCCAGCAGCAAAUGCUGCAAGCCAUGCAGCAGCAGAUCCGCAUCAAGAAGGAACGCGGCCUGCCGCCGCAGCAACAGCAUCAGCAGUACGCGAUCAUCAACCAAGGUGGUCACCUGCUGGCGUCCCGCGGUCCCGGCGGCCAACCAAACCAGAUCCAGAUGAUCCCGAACCCGCAGCAGCAGCUGUACGUGAAGCGGGAACGAUCCGGCGGUGCCGGCGCGACGCAGACCUUCGUGAACCAUCACCACCACAACCCGCGGCAAUCGCCGACGAGUCCGCAGCACUGCAACAGCACCUCGCCCAUGCAACCACCGAUGUCACCGAGUCAGCAGCAACAGCAUCAGCAAAACGCCCGCCAGCAGAGUCCGGUCCACCUGGUCGGUUCCACCAACCCCCCGCCCCAUGUCAUCAUCAAACGGGAACGCCAGCAGCAACCCCCGACCAGCCAAGCCCUGAUCAACCAGGCCAUGCAACAGCUGUCCCCAAACAACCAGCGACUACCCAGUCCAAGCCCCUCAACCUCACCCGCCCUCCAACUCCGCAACCCGAUGCGGGACGCCGCCAUACUGUUCCGCGUCAAAAACGAAGCCCAAAUACCAAAUCUCAUGGCCCACCAGCAGCAACAGCAGCAGCAGGGACCGCCCCACCGGAUGGUGUGGCCACCGCUCGUGAAUCAGCACCAACAGCAGCAGCAGCAGCGCAUCAACGGCGUCAAGCCGGAAGUGAUCGGCGGCCCGCUACCACCGCUACGAAACCAAAUAUCCCCCAACCAGCAGCAAUCCCCGCAACACCACCCCGGCGGCACUCCGCAAACACCCCCGCGCAACACCCCGACCGUCAUCAUGGGGGAAUCGUGCGGCGUGCGGACCAUGGUGUGGAGUUACGAUUCGCCACCGCAAGUACAAACGCCAACGCCGCCGAUGAGGGCCGAAGGCCCUGCAGGACCCGGCGGAGGAAUCCCACAAUCCCCCGGAGGAGGCGGAGGGAACCACCAUCAGCACCACCACCAAAACAGCAACAGCAGUAGCAGUAGCAGUAGUACGAACAGUGCGAGCAACGCCAGUGCUAACGCUAGCGCUAAUGCCAACGCGGGCGGUAACAACACCCCGAGCAACAACGAGGAAGCGGCGCAUCUGCUGCUCAGCCUCGGACAGACGGUGGUGCGGCAGAAUGAGGCUCAACCAUGGACUCCGAGUCGGACGGGACUGCCGCUGAACAUGGAGCGGCUAUGGGCGGGCGAUUACAGCCAGUUCCCGCAGACGACGACGCCGACCGGCCAGCAAAUGCACGCCCUUAAUCUCACCGCGCAGCAGCAGGCCGCCGCCGCGUGGAACAUGGCACCGGGGCCAAAGAAGGAGUUGCUGGACGACAUGCCCCCGGACGAGGACGAGCAGCCGCUGGUCUGUAUGAUCUGCGAGGACAAGGCAACUGGGCUGCACUACGGCAUCAUCACGUGCGAGGGCUGCAAGGGCUUCUUCAAGCGGACCGUGCAGAACCGGAGGGUUUACACGUGCGUCGCGGACGGUACCUGCGAAAUCACCAAGGCCCAACGCAAUCGCUGCCAGUAUUGUAGGUUUAAGAAGUGCAUCGAGCAGGGAAUGGUGCUCCAAGCUGUUCGAGAGGACCGCAUGCCGGGUGGGCGGAACAGCGGUGCGGUCUACAAUCUGUACAAAGUAAAGUAUAAGAAACACAAGAAGAACAACCAGAAGCCAAACAGCAACAACCACCACAACAACCACCACCACCACCACCAAAAACUGGGCGGCCUGUCCGGGAGCAACGGCGGAAUCCUCGGCAGUGCCCUCAGCGGUGGCCUCGAGGCUUCGAACCCCAAGUCGGCGCUGUAUCUGACCUCGUCGACGACGCCGCCGAUCAAGUCGGAAAGUAUUAGCCUGCCAUCGCAUCUGGUCAACGGGACGAUCCUGAAGACGGCCCUCACGAACCCGAGCGAAAUCGUGCAUUUACGCCAUAGACUGGACAACGCCGUCAGCUCGUCCAAGGAUCGGUCGAUCUCGUACGAGCAAGCCUUGAACAUGAUACAUACCCUUAUAGACUGUGAUGCUAUGGAGGACAUAGCGACCCUGCCGCAUUUUAGUGAGUUCCUCGCCGACAAGUCGGAGAUCGGGGACAAGCUCUGCAACAUCGGUGAUUCCAUCGUGCACAAGCUGGUCUCGUGGACGCGCAAGUUGCCCUUCUACAUGGACAUCCCGGUGGAGAUCCACACGAAGCUCCUCACGGACAAGUGGCACGAGAUUCUGGUGCUGACGACGGCCGCCUACCAGGCGAUGCACGGCAAGAAGAACAUUAGCAACUCGAUGCAGUCGCACGACGGCAACGUGUACUCGCCCGACAAGCAGGAUCCGGAGUUUAUCGAGGAGAUAACGGCCCACUUGCACACGCUCCAGUCCUGCCUGACGACGCUGAUGGGCCAUCCGAUCUCGAUCGAGCAGCUCAAGAUCGACGUCGGCCAGAUGGUGGAGAAGAUGACCCAGAUUACGAUCAUGUUCCGGCGGAGUAAGCUCCGGAUGGAGGAGUACGUCUGCCUGAAGGUUUACAUCCUGCUGAACAAAGAAGUCGAGUUGGAGAGCAUACAGGAACGGUACAUCCAAGUACUUAGGACCUAUCUACAGCAUACCGUGCCGCACAGUCCCAACCGAUUGGCCGACCUCCUGUCGCAUAUACCAGAGAUCCAAACCGCCGCCAGCUUGCUGCUCGAGAGCAAGAUGUUCUACGUGCCGUUCGUGCUCAACUCAGCCAACAUUAGGUAGCAGAUGAUCGAACGCGGCAUGAUCGAACCCCUCGAGCACGAACUCGCACUGGACCGGCAGCAGCAGGAGGAACAGCCGGAAUCGGUUCCGCAAUUUCAACCGCCAAGUCGUUGCUCAUCAACGGCAACGACGGCGGCGCCGCCAACCGUUCCGAUGCAACUGCAGCUGCAACCGAUUCAGCAACAACAACAACAACAACCGGGCAAUUCGGCGAGCAGCAGCACCAACGCCAGCAGCCAGGGUGGCUCCGUGACGAUUUUUGUCAUCAAAACGGUGCUACCCGACGAGUGAUGAUGAUUUCCUACUUGAAUUUAGUUUUUUUACUCUUUUUUUGAAUUGUUUUUGUGAUUUUUUUAACACUUACACAAAUUACACAAACACACACACACACUCAUAGUAGGCUGAGAUCGAGUUGAGUCUCGAUUUUGGGAAUUUGUUUUUGUUUUCACAAUUUUUUUUAUUUAAUCGUAAUGAACUAUUUUACAAUUUUUCUUUUUUCCUUUGCGUCAAUUGCCGAUUUCUCGUUGAACGUUGAAAGCGUCGUGUAAUUGUCGCCUCGAGGAGCAAGAGAAGAAAACAAUUUUUAAUGUGGUUUAGAAUAGUAAAAUGUAUUGCAUUAUACAAAGAAAAAAAACUCACACACACAAUUGCAUAAUUGGUCACACAACACUGCCUGUAAUAUAAAGAGAAAGAGAGAGAGAGAUCGAGAAUGCAAAGAACAAAAAAAACGUUUUCACUCCCCCCCUUAAUCUAAAUGUAAUUUGCAUUUUGCUCUGAAAGAAGAAAGAAAAACACAAACAAACAAGAAUGAAAACAACGCUCAUCGGAGGGCUGAAAGUGCUUGCGUCAUCGUCGUCAUCGUCGUCGCCUACUUGGUCGAGACCCACAAAACAAUAGCAUGGAUUCACAUUCGAGGAAAAAUGUUUAUAUUUUUCCACUACUAGGAAGUCUGAAAUUAAAUGCCUUCUAUAUUAUAAAUAGAAAAAAAAACAAGAAAACAAGCGAAAAAUAUAGGUGUAAUUGAGAGUAAGCAAGAGAGUAAUUGAAUACACAAAUUUCGCAGCGUUUCAAAGGAAAACAAAAAAGUGUGAGAGAUAAUUAGAGAAAAAAAACAGCAAAACUAAAAUUAUUCGCGUAUUUAAAGCGUAAAAACACACAAACAAAUUGGAAGCGAAAACAAAAGUACCGCGAAAAUGAAUUCGUAAAAUAAUAACAAAAAAAAAACACAUAUAUUUUUAUAUAUUUAAUUGAUCGAUUAAUUGUUGUUCUUCUUAUUAAUAUUUUUAUUAGCUAAUUUUACACACGAAUCGUAAAAUGAAGAGAGAAAAAAAAUCGUAAAACAAACAUAACCAUCAUCAGCGAGACAAAAAACAACAACAAAACAAACAAAUGAAGCACUUUACAAGUAGAUCUCUCGGAGCAAUUGGCGCGCCAUCGGGAACUCUUUAAACUGUGUAAAUAUAGGACAAAUUUCUCACACUCGAAACGGAAGACACACACACACACGCAUACGCAUACACCCUCGCCAACAACCACACCCGUUUGCUUUUGCAAAAAAAAAAUGAAACUUGUUUUGCGUUUUAACACCAACUCGGCAUCAAACACGAGCGAUAAAGGAAAUCAGAAAGGAAGCUACUUUUUGGUUGGUUAGGAAACUGGAUGCUUUUAUGGAAAAAAUUGGAACGGUUCGGGGAUUUUGUGCGGACAUCGUUUGACGAUUUCAGUUGAAAUUUUGCGCGUGGUUUCUUUUUGGCGACGUGCCUUCCCAGCGGCGUCGCUGUGUAAAGAAUUUGUGAAAUCGCAUUUAACAAUUUUUGUUAUUUAACCAUCAUCAUUAAAUGCUAAUUUGCACGACAAUAUCUCGUAGCUAGAUUUGUUUUAAACACUUUUAUAUUGCUUAAUUUAUUUAAGAUUUUUUUGAUAUUACAGACCAACGCUUCUAGUUCUCAAUUUGAGCUAAAAUUAAACACCUUUUUUAGGAGUUUCAAUUGAACUCUCUUUCCAAAUAAAAUGUAAUUUACUUGUACCACUAUAAUGCCUUCCGAGGGGUGGUGUUAAGAUAUAGGCUAUUUUGCUUAGUAAUUUUGUUAACAUCUUGAAAUGAGCUGCUCAGACCAUGAUUCGCGAAUGCACUAUCACAAAAACCAAUUCUUGAGGAUAUCGUGAUGCUUUUGCAUCACGAUGGUAAAAAAUAGACUUAAAGAUUAACAACAAGAAGAUUUUGUUAAGUUUUGCCAAAAGCAUAAUUUUUUUAAACAAUUGUUUUUUUUUCAGUGAAACAUUCGUUUCCCCGCUUGGAUGUUAUUCGCCGUCAAAAUAAGUGUCAAACUCCAAAACAGUAUCGAAAAUUAUUACCUUUCCACACAAGUGCUGAAAAGUUGAACUUUUCAGCACUACAAUGGAUGCUGAACGUGCUUUUCGGCAGUGUUAAUUUUGGGUGCUGAAGAGUAAGCCGUUUCGUCCGUUUUAGGCCUGAUGUUGAUCUUAAAAUCAAAAUUUUAUAAACGAGUCAAUAUUUUUCGCAUGGUAAAAAUACGCUUUCUCACCAUUACAUUUUUUUUUUCUUCAAAAUUUAGGCCUGAAGGGUUAAGACAACUGGUGUUUGACAAAAGGAAGUUCUUCUAAACUUUAUAAAUAUCCGCUGAGUUGCUGGUUUUUAGAUAUUUUUUCAAUUAUGAAGAGUACUUUCUCACCACAUUCUUGAAACAAAUAUGCAUGCAUUUUCCACAAGCAUUUUUGAAAAAUCAACAGUUCUGCGAAAAAAGAGAAAAUUUUUAUUUGAUUGACAAUUAAAAAGUAUUUGAAAUUAUAUUAAGGUCGUUGAAGGUGUCUUUCACUUUGGGGAGAUUGACUACCAAUGAUGGUUCUCAAUUCAGGGUCCAGAAAUAGUAAAUUGAAAUGAAACAAAUAAUCACUAUAUGUAAAAUGCUUCUACAAACAACACAAAGAAAACCAUUUUUUGAUUGAAACAUUCUGAAUCAAGAUUUGAAUGUUUUUCUAAAACAAACAUGGCCGCCAAAUGGCCGAAUGGUGAUUUUUUUUUAAAUCAUAACUCCUGGUCUUUGCCACAAUUUUUAGCCAAGUUGGAAUAAAAUGACUGAUUAUUAGUCAAUUGAAAAAAAAUAGUUUGAGUAAGAAGAAAACUAGUACAAUAUUUAAAAAUCGCAUGAUACUUUAAAAUGCUGUUUUUUCGAGUCUGCCCCAAAAAGCAAAGCAAUCCAAUUUAACGACCCCCGGGUCUUUUGUGGGCUCUGUUGCAAGUUUCUGCUCAUUUCUAGGCGUCCGAAGGUUAUGUGUGGUGAGUCACUCAAAACCUCUUUUACGCAAAUGGACCGACGUUUUACUUCCCCAUCCGAUAGAAGCCCAGGAGGAUAAGGCGGGAAUCGAACCCGCGCCCCACAGCAACUUAGGGAUCGGCAGCCGAAGCCGCUAACCACCGCGCCACGAGGCUCUCCAAAAACUCUUAAAAUUCUGAAAAAAUAACCUCCCAAAUAAAAGCAAUUCUUAGGUACCUACCGUAAUUAAGGGGUUACAUACAUGUAAAUUGGCAAACAUGUCCGAGGUUGGUAUGAGCACAAACUUAAACCUUUUUUCAAUCUGUUUUCACUGCCGUUCUACGCAUAAUUGUCCCAUGUUCAAAAAAGAGUAACUGAGAAAAACACGAUUGAAAUUUUUCGACCGAUUUCUGUGUUUCUACGCAUAAUUGUCCCGUGGGUUCCUAUUCGCCCUAUGUGUCCCUAAUCGCCCUAGUUAGCAGUUUAUCACCAUUAUUUGUGAUUCUCUUGCUAUACAACAGGUAAACAAGACAUAAUGCUUAGUAAAACUAAUGAUUCUGUGUAAGAAAAUACUUGGUGGGACAAUUAUGCGUAGAAGUUCAACGAUGGGACAAACAGACUUGGUGUUGUUUUUGAUGAGUUUCCGAACAAAGUACCAGAUUUUAUGUGUUUUUCUUAAAGUACACAUCAGACUGAACUUAAAAAUGGCAUAAAGUCAAAAUCGUCCAAAACUGACAUGGGACAAUUAUGCGUAGAACGGCAGUUCAGGACAUUGAAAUAUACAUUUUCAACUGUUUACAAAAUAAAUUUGAAGACAUUUGGUUGUAUCAUUGCCGAGAUACAGCUAUAUGAAGCUAGGCUCGUUAAACUGGUCCCGUGUGCAUGACAAAGAUCGAUUUUUAAAAAGUUUAUUUUAAAAAUUUUGAGCAAUUCUCUGAGAUUUCGGUCACUUGAUUUUUUCUGUAUUUUUUAAUUCGGCUGAAACUUUUUUGGUGCCUUCGGUAUGCCCAAAGAAACCAUUUUGCAUCAUUAGUUUGUCCAUAUAAUUUUCCAUGCAAAUUUGGCAGCUGUCCAUACAAAAAUAAUAUGUGAAAUUACAAAAAUCAGUAUCUUUUGAAGGAAUUUUUUGAUCAAUUUGGUGUCUUCGGCCAAGUUGUAGGUAUGGAUAUGGACUACACUGAAAAAAAUUAUACACGGUAAAAAAAAAUUUUGGUUAUUUUUAAUUUCACUUUUUGUCACUAAAACUUGAUUUACAAAAAAACACUAUUUUUAAUUUUUUUUUAUAUGUUUUAGAGGACAUCAAAUGCCAACUUUUCAGAAAUUUCCAGGAUGGGCAAAAAAUCUUUGACCGAGUUAUGAUUUUUUGAAUCAUUACAUUUUUUUUCAAAAAAUCGAAAUAUUGGUCGCAAAAAUUUUUCAACUUCAUUUUUCGAUGUAAAACUGAAUUUGCAAUCAAAAAGUACUUAAGUGAAAUUUUGAUAAAGUGCACUGUUUUCAAGUUAUAACCAUUUUUAGGUAACUUUUUUUCAAAAUAGUCGCAGUUUUUUUUUUUGAAUAGUGCCCAUGUUUGCCCACCUUUGGAAAAAAUAUUUUUGAAAAGCUGAGAAAAUUCUCUAUAUUUUGCUUUUCGGACUUUGUUGAUACGACCCUUAGUUGCUGAGAUAUUGCCAUGCAAGUGUUUAAAACAGGAAAAUUGAUGUUUUCUAAGUCUCACCCAAACAAUCCACCAUUUUCUAAUGUCGAUAUCUCAGCAACUGAUGGUCCGAUUUUCAAUAUUAAAAUAUGAAACAUUCGUAAAAUUUUCCGGUCUUUUCGAAAAAAAUAUUUUCAAAAAAUUUAAAUCAAGACUUACAUUUCAAAAGAGCGUUAUAUUAAAUGUUUGGACUUUUUAAAAAGUUAGUCUCGAUUUGAAAUUUUUUUAAAUAUUUUUUUCAAAGAGAUCGGAUAAUUUCAUGAAUGUUUCAUAACAUUGUAAAUUGGACCAUUAGUUGCUGAGAUAUCGACAUUAGAAAAUUGUGGGUUGUUUGGGUGAGGCUUGAAAACAUCAAUUUUCUUGUUUUUAAACCUUUGCAUAGCAAUAUCUCUGCAACUAAGGGUCGUAUCAACAAAGUCCGAAAAAGCAAAAUAUAGAGAAUUUUCUCAGCUUUUCAAAAAUAUUUUUUUCAAAAGUGGGCAGAAAUGCAAAAUUUCAAAAUCGAACUUCGUCGUGCACACGGGAUAUGUCUUGAGAUACUUCACCUCAAAUUUCAGCCAAUUUGGUACAUCCCAUCUCAAGAUAUCGUGGCACCCGUAAAUCAACUCGGUGUUCAGAGAAAAACGCUCGCAAAGUUUGACAGUUCGCCUUGGGCAUGGCAAAAUAUUCAGCUUAAAUCGUCUGUAACUUACUUUAAUCAUAAAAUUUCUUCAUGAAACUUUCAGGAGUGAUUGAAAAUCAUCUUUUAAGUUGAUUUGAUAAAUUGUCUGUAAUAUUUAAUUUUUCGAUUUGCUACAUGUAUGUAACCCCAUAAAAGAAAAAAAAGUCAUACAAAAUUAUAAACACGGACAAAAACUUUAAAUUUUGUGGAAAUCCAAGACAGAAUUAGCUAUUUUCUUUUUUUUUUUUUUUUUUGCUAACGUCAAUUUGAACAAUUUUUGGUUCAAAAAACAAGGCUCUGUUUAGUAUUUUUCCGAUUUUCAGUAAAAUACAACGUAUUUUUUAGAUUUGUUGUUGUUUCUCCAAUUUUCUAUUGUAUUAUGUUUAUUUCCAAUUUGACAAUUAAAUAUUAUAUUGCAGGCUUAUUUAGAUUUGAACGCUUGGAAAUGCAGUCAGAUUCGUAAAUAUCGUAUUAUAUGAAAACUUAGAAUUGAAACAUUAUUUUUUUUAUUACUAUGCAUUGGAAUUUGUACACACAAGCAGAAGCAAGAUUGAAAGUCAAAAGCCACUCUGCUUCGCACAAAAUCCCCGAACCUGACCUUCCAAAAUAUCUAGGCUUACAAAACGCGCCCACGCGUUCGUCCCCCCACCCAAGUUCGUGUAGGGUUUAGUGAGCUUUUUGAGUAGUAGUUUGUAAAGAAGCAGAAGAAGUGUUAAAACCCCGCAGCUUAGUUAAAUGCCAAUUUAGUUAGAACGAGCAAGAGAGACAGAGAAAGUAAGAGUAACGCGUGAGAAGAGAGAAAGAGAGACGACGCAUCACGUUUGUUUUUAUGUGACUAACGUAAACAAAAACUUUACCCUAGAUUAGGCGAAAGAAUUAAAAAUGACCAAAACUGAUAAAUUGAUCCUCCUGAAUUAUUACUUUUUGUUUUGUUUUUAAUUUAACGGUAGAAUAUUUUAGCGAGAGCAAACCCCCGAGCGCGUUUAUUUUUAGGCACACGCAACACUAUUUAUCCGCAAGCGAGAGCGAGUUUUUGUUUUUAUCGUAGAGGAGAAACUUACUAACAAAAGAAAACCUACUAUUUCGAAAAAUAACUCAACAUGUGUUUAGCGCGAGAGAGACUCAAUUUUUAACCCCCCCACGUAACUUAAAUGUGUCUGAUAAGUAUUUAUGCAAAGAAAAACAAAAACAAAAAUAAGCAACUAAAACCGGAAAGCAAAAAAAAAGUUUACGAUUUUGUUGAACCUUUUUUUUCGACGUGGAUUUUUUCCAAUAUGCCAGAAGCUACAUUUUUUCUAGCUUGUACGUGCGUUUACGGAACGAUAUAAAACCAAAAAUUUAGGAAAUGUAAUGUUGUAUUUGUAUAGGAAAAAAGAAAAGGGAAUCCCAAUUCUCAUCGCCGCCCUGCGCCCAGCCUCCCUCAUCAAAACAAAGGUAUUUUUUUAUUUCAGUCAUCCCCCCACAAAAAUCAACUUUUUCAAAAAAAAACACCCUCAUCAAAGCAAGCCACGCAAACUCACAAACACACAGACAGAGAAAGAGGAAUGGAAUACGAAAUAGUCACAACACAUUCGAGAUGAAUCCAAGUAGCCCGUGUAAAAUACUGUGUCUGAACGUAAACAAAAAAGAAUGCAUAAACACAAACAAGAACGAAAAUCAAAGUAAAAUCCCCUUAUUAUGGAACCGUUGUUACCAGUGAAACCAUAUUACUUAUUAAUUAUUGUAUAAAAUGAACGCAAAACGCAAAACCUGAAAGGCUAUUCUAAUACUACUGCAUUCAUUCGAAAACAAAACAUUUAUCAUAAUCCAGCAAACACACACAUUCACACAGAGAACAGAAAAAAAAACCGCUGAACGAAAGAAACACAAACACACACAAUUAUAAAGAAGAAGAAAAAAAAAUAAUGAAAAGACUAAUGUAUACAAUAAAGCAAAACAAAAACAAACACACAUAGAAGCAAACAAAAGUUACCCUCAAGUCAUGCAAAACAGCAAAAGUUUAGCGCGAAACCGAACACUGCCACACGCUAUUGUUUGUUGUUGCAAACAUAGCAAAACCAGACAAACAAACAAAAAAACGGAGAAUGACAGAUGAAAUAGAUGUUUAAAAAAAAGCAACGCCUGCUGAGCACCCCGCAAAAACAGACAGACACACACACUUGUAAGAAAUAGAUUCAAACAAGAUGAAGAAAAAAAUGGGAGAAGAUGUAAUUGCCGUUAAUUGUUUAUCACACACACACACACAACUUAUUACCAACACUGGAACAGUAAAUAAGCAAGAAAAGGGGAAAAGGAGGGAAGGAAACUAAAAUGGGAAGCCGGUUUAAACAAUUAAAGUGGGCUUUAGAAGCCGCAGAUUCCUUAUUAUUUUGUUGUUUUUAAGUUACAGAAGCGAGCAAAGAUUUUUUUUUAAUUUCAACCAAGUUUUUAGUUACGCUUUUCGUUGUGAUUUUUGUUUUAGAAUUGUUUUGUGAUAGAGUCCACCUCUUGCAAAUAUUUUGCUGCUAGACUUUCUGCCCUAACCCUUGAAAAAACCUGGCUCCGCGGAGAGAAUCGUCGGAACAACCCCUCGGGGAAAUUCGAGCCCCGCGUGACACAUUUCGAAAGCCUAAAUUUAAGCCCCGAAAUUUUUCGUGUAAUGUUAAUGCUACAUUUUAAAUACAGUGAUAAGUAACGUAGGUUUAAUCUAUAUUGCUAGAGAGAGAGAGACAGAGAGAGAGGUGGUUCAAAGUUACCAGAGCAAAUGCGCGCGCAUCCCCAACAAGUCCGUUUCUUUUGACUAGCGGAAGACACCGGAAGGAGAUUUGUUGAACGAUUUCAGUACAAUUCGGAGUAGUUUUUUAAUGUGUCACAGCAGGCGGCGACCUCUUUUUCCCGAGCCGCAACGCUUCCUUCGAUUCUCUCUGCGCAGCAGGAAACAACUUUUACUCGAACUGUCAAACAAAAACAAACAGAAAGACUCACUGCUACUGUCAGAAACUGCCGGAAAAUACUACCUUUAUACUGUAGAAUAAAAGCAACACUCUAAACUACUAAACGCACCUCACACACACCCGAAAACAUUUUCUAAACUGCACGCUACAUUAUUGAAACAACAAAGCAAACAUUUAAGUUCUAGUUAGAAAAAAGAAACCAAAAACAAAGUAACCAACAGUAAACAAAAACGAAAAACUGCCAGCACUGCACUGAACACACAGAAACGAAACUAGCAACUUUUCCACACAAUGAAAUCAACCGGCCUUCUGCGACGAUUGUUACAUUUCCCAUCUUCCCCCCCUCGAAUUUCCAUUUUUAACAUCGUUAUCUCACACUCACUUUCACUAUCGAUAUCAAUCAUCCUUGCAAGAGAAAGAAAAAAAAAACAAAUGAAAAAGAAAUGAAAAUAUUGUUGCCAUUAUCGAUACAAAGCAAAGCUGAAAAUCAUGUGUUAUGUUCCAUUAUUAAAACCAAGCAGAAAUAAAAGAGGUAGACAUAUUCCUUCAUCCCCGCACAUACAGAAAAAAAACACAAACAUUAUAUUCACAAAAUCCGUUACGCGCCCCCGCCCCUCAUGAAUCAUCAUUUCACAAACAAGCGAAAUCGUGUUAUUAAUUAAUAAAAACAAUUGUGUAAAUCUAAAAAAACAACCACUAAAAACAGAACACUGCCGUUUCUCAAGUAAUGGUGCCCCUUGCCCCCCAUGCCGUGCACGCCCUUGUGCGGUGUUUCGAUGGGGGAAGGGGCACACCAAACACACACACACAAUAGAUGUUAAAAGCGUCGCGAGCGAGGCGUGAGGGAGGAAUAAAACAGAAAUGAUUAUUCUAAUGUGUAAGACCUAAAUGAUAAUGAUAAAAAACAAGUAAUUGAAAAUAAUAAAAAAAAAAGUAUAAACUAUAAUUACCUAAUUAAUUAUUAAGGAGUAUACAUACAACCCGUAAGCAGUAAGGCAAGAAAACACAACAACAACAAGAUGAUGAAGAAGAAAAAACCGUUAGAAAUUGUGUAAAAGGAAAAAAAAAGAAUGAAAUAAAAAAUUGAAUCAGAAAUGUA